AUGAAAAACAAGAUCAGCUCUUCAAGUGUUGCAUUCAUCCUCCUCACCCUAGCCCUAACAUGGGCUCAAAAGGAGCCACAAUUCGUUGACAACCGCAGCACAAUUGUGCAUUUGUUUGAAUGGACCUGGAAGGAGAUUGCACGGGAAUGUGAGGAAUUUUUAGGACCCCAAGGAUAUGGCGGUGUACAGAUUUCACCACCCAACGAAGUUAUAGUGGCGGACAACAAUCCCUGGUGGGCCCGCUAUCAACCAGUCUCUUAUAAACUCACCUCAAGAUCAGGUUCGGAAGCCGAUUUGGCUGAUAUGAUAAGACGCUGCAAUCAGGUGGGUGUACGCACCUAUGUUGACAUAGUUGUCAACCAUAUGUCGGGUUAUAAAGAUGGCGACACCUUGGGUACUGCCGGUUCUGUGGCCAAUUAUGGUGAACGUAGUUGGCCUGCAGUACCUUAUGGUCCCAGCGAUUUCCAUCCAACUUGUGAUAUCUCAAAUUAUCAAGAUCCCCUACAAGUAAGGAAUUGUCAAUUGGCUUCAUUGGCUGAUCUUAAUCAGACGGUGCCACAUGUUCGCGAUAUGAUUGUUGAGUAUUUGGAUCAUUUCACGGAUUUGGGAGUGGCUGGUUUUCGCAUGGACGCCGCCAAACAUAUGUGGCCCGGGGAUUUGGAAGUUAUUUAUGGCCGUCUUAAGGAUUUGAAUGUGGAUUUUGGUUUCCCUGCCAAUACCAAACCUUAUAUCUAUCAGGAAGUCAUUGAUUUGGGAGGUGAAGAGAUUAAGAAAAGCGAAUACAAUCACUUGGGUGCUGUAACUGAAUUCAAAUUUUCCACUGACAUUGGUUUGGUGUUCCGCAACAAAAUCCCCUUGAAAUCAUUGGAGAAUUGGGGCCCUGAAUGGAAUAUGCUGCCAUCGGAAGAUGUCAUUGUCUUCGUAGAUAAUCAUGACAAUCAACGUGGCCAUGGAGCUGGUGGUGCCGACAUACUUACACACAAAGUUCCUGAGCUGUAUAAACCUGCUGUGGCCUUUAUGUUGGCUCAUCCUUACGGCAAAGUUGCCAGAGUUAUGAGUUCUUUUGCUUUUGCCAAUAGUGACCAAGGACCUCCGGCCGAUGAAAAUGGAAAUAUUAAGGACCCCAGCUUUUUGCCCAAUAAUCAAUGUGAUACCGACAGUUCGGGUUGGGUAUGCGAACAUCGUUGGCCAGAAAUUGUAGAAAUGGUAAAAUUCCGUAAUUUUGUCAAUGAUGCCCCCUUGGAGAAUUGGUGGGAUAAUGAGAAUAAACAGGUGGCCUUUUCACGUGGCAACAAGGGAUUUGUUGCCUUCAAUCAGGACUUGGAUAAUGAGUUGCAGGCUAAUUUACAAACCGGUUUAGCUAAAGGUGAAUACUGCGAUGUCAUUUCUGGUGGCAAAGUUGACAAUCAAUGUAAAGGACAUAAAGUGGUGGUGUCAGAAGAUGGUUCGGCUAACAUUGAACUUGGCAAGGGACCUCAAUGGUUGGCUAUUUCCAAUCAAUCGAAAUUGUUGUAA